AUGACUAUUGAUACAGAACCACUGCAUGAUAUCUCGAGGCGUCUGAGACCACUCAAGAGAAGAAGAAGUAGAAAUACGCAAAAUGGGGAUGGCCUCAAAAGAAAAAGAGUGGCCUCUCCCGAGGUAGACGUGCUGGAGGAAACCAACGAAGAGCUCGCGAAACAGUACAAGAAAUUUGCCAACGCACCAAGGUUUAAUUACAACAGUGAGGAGCUCUUUUGCGUAUGUCGGAGGAUUGACGAUGGGGAGAUUAUGGUGGCGUGCGAUGGGUGCGAGGAGUGGUAUCAUUUCAAAUGCAUGAAAAUCAACCCCGAAUUAUCCAACUUGAUUGCCAAAUUCUUUUGCAAGUUUUGCAAAUGGAAAGGAGAAGGCGAAACUCUUUGGAAACGCAAGUGCCGGGUAGAAGGGUGCUUUGCUCCGAUUGAAGGUGGGUCCAAAUACUGUAGUCGCGAGCAUGGAAAGCAGUACAUGGAACGACUAAUAUUGGAGAAAAAAGACGGUCUCCAACAAGGACAAGUGCGAGCGAUUUUAGACUUUGCCUCGAAUGACUGUGGCAAGUUGCAGAAACUAGGAUCAGAGUUUCCUGAGCUCCGGGAGGUUGCGGAACUUAAAACGGAUGAGGCGGCGUUGGCAAAGUUUCCGCAACCUGUUCAAGAAAAGAUCAAGGCAGCGGAUGAUCGAGCAAAUGUUGCUGCGCAGGAGUUGCAAAGGGAGAAGCUGAAGAAGCAGGGACUCAUGACGACAAGGGAAAACAUCAAGGUGCUAAAUGACAAAAUCUCUGAAAUGUUGUUUCCCGAUGCCAAAGAGCAGCAACAACAGCAACAGCAACAGCUGCUGGUGGUGCUGGCACUGCUGGCACUGCUGCUGCUGCUGAAGUUGAAGCUGCUGAAGCUGAAAAAGUCCAAGUCGAAAUCAAAGAAAAGAAUUGAGCUUUGCAUGUGCGACAAGUCUGAUGAAGGGUGGGUGAACCAAAUUGCAAGCUCACAGGGUUUAUUGAACGAACUUGUCGCCGUGAUAAAAAGGCGCGAAGAGAUCAAGGACAGGGAGGACCAAGCUGACUCGGGUGACGAAGAGCAUCCAGCAGAUGAUCAAAUUGAGGACGAUCAAGAAAAAGAGCAAGACAAAACCGUCAUUGAUUUUGACUGGUUUAAAGGUGCUCUUUGCAUCAAAGAAAAGAAGAAAUGCCAUCGCCACAAUGGCUGGUGGGGCCUUUACUGCGACGAGGUCGACAAGGCGUUGGAGCAGCUACAAGCUAAAAAGGAACAACUACAACAGGAAAAACAGGCAAUCCUACGUAACUAUUCAAUCCAAGUUUAUGAGCAAUGA